GUCAACAAAAGCUGAUCGUGGACUUCAGGAGACAGAAGAGGGAGUACGUCCCUAUCCACAUCAACAGGACCGCAAUGGAGAAGUUGAAAAGCUUCAAGUUCCUCAGCCUCCACGUCACUGGCAAUCUGAAAUGCACCCACACAGACAGUGUGGUGAAGAAGGCACAACAGCGCCUCUUCAACCUCAGGAGGCUGAAGACAUUCAGAAGAAAUACUACUGCACUGUUGGAGCUAGGGACACAAGCAUUUUACAGAUGCACAAUUGAUAGCAUCCUAUCAGGCUGUAUCACUGCCUGCUACAGCAACUGAAAUGCCUUCAACCACAGGGCUCGGAAGAGGGUGGUGCGGUCUGCUCAACGCUUCACUGGGGGCACACUGCCUGUCCUCCAGGACACCUACAGCACCCGAUGUCACAGGAAGGCCAAAAAGAUCAAGGUCAUCAACCACCCAGCCACGACCUGUUCACCCCUCUAUCAUCCACAAGAUGCCACACUCGAGGCGGUACCCGUCCUCAGAAAGGGCCAGCCGGAGCAGCUAUCAAGACCGGGACAGAGACCGAGGACGCAAGCAGAGGCACCGCAGAUCGCCCUCUUUUUCCUCUAGCAGUGACCGGGAGAGGGAUCGGGACAGAGACCGAAGGGGACGGGGAAACCGACAGGAGGGAAGCUACGCUCGCUCCAGGAGCUACGAUAAUCGCUCGGCAGACCGCAGGCCAUACGACCGGCGCUACUGUGAGGGCUACCGCCGCCUGGACCAGAGCCACGAACGAGACCGCGGAAACAGGGAAAGGGAACAUGGAGGUGCACCAGCAGCAGCCGACGGCGGUUACUACGCACGUGACUUCUCACCGAGCAUGUGCGACUACCGGAGGGGGCGCGAGAGGGAACGGGAGGAGUCGUACCGAAGGAAGGGCAGCAGGCGUAAGCACAAACGAAGGCGGCGUAGAACCAGGUCCUAUAGCCCAUCCUCCUCGCGGAGUGACAGCCGGACGCGGGCACUGAGUGUGAGGGACGACGAGGAAGGGCACCUGAUCUGUCGGAGUGGGGACGUCCUGCAAGAGAGAUAUGAGAUUGUCAGCACUCUGGGGGAAGGCACCUUUGGGAGGGUGAUGCAAUGUAUUGACCAUCGUCGGGGAGGGGCCGCUGUUGCUCUGAAGAUCAUAAAAAAUGUGGAGAAAUACAAGGAAGCAGCUCGUCUGGAGAUCAAUGUGCUGGAGAGAAUCAAUGAGAAAGAUCCGGAAAACAAACACCUGUGUGUGCAGAUGUAUGACUGGUUCGACUACCACGGCCACAUGUGUAUCUCCUUCGAGCUGCUGGCCCUCAGCACCUUCGACUUCCUCAAGGAGAACAACUACCUGCCCUAUUCCAUCGCCCAGGUCCGACACAUGGCCUACCAGCUCUGCCUGUCCGUCAAGUUUCUUCAUGAUACCAAGUUGACGCACACAGACCUGAAGCCAGAAAACAUCCUGUUUGUCAAUUCCGACUUCACUAUGACCUAUAAUGUAGAGAAGAAGCGCGACGAGCGGACAGUGAAGAGCACGGACGUACGGGUGGUGGACUUUGGUAGCGCCACAUUUGACCAUGAGCACCACAGCACCAUCGUCUCCACACGGCACUACCGCGCCCCGGAAGUCAUACUAGAGCUGGGCUGGAGCCAGCCGUGUGAUGUGUGGAGCAUCGGUUGCAUCCUGUUCGAGUACUACCUGGGCUUCACCUUGUUCCAGACUCAUGAUAACAGGGAGCAUCUGGCCAUGAUGGAGAGAAUACUGGGGCCGGUGCCCUCCAGAAUGAUACGCAAGACAAGGAAGCAGAAAUAUUUUUACCGUGGCCGUCUGGACUGGGACGAGAGCUCGUCAGCUGGGAGAUACGUGAGGGAGAACUGCAAACCCUUACGGAGGUACCUGUUGUCGGAAGCCGAGGAGCACCAUCGGUUGUUUGACCUGAUUGAGAGCAUGCUGGAAUACGAGCCCGCUAAGCGCCUGGCCCUGGCAGACUCCCUCAGACACCCUUUCUUCGAAUCGGGGACAGCAGGCGAUGCAGUGGGGGGGAAGAGCUGGGAGGGCAACCGCGACAUCAGCCGGUGACCCGGGACCUCCACAGACUCUUAACGAUAGAGCGAUUUUUCAGGUGGAGCAGACCGAUACGACCACUUCAGGCGGUACGGCCAAAUUUGAUGGACCUUAUCAGUCUGUCUGAAAUCCCUUGGCCAUUCAUCACAGCAUGGACCCAUUUCCUCCUGCUUACUGUACUGCCCCCACCCAUCUCCACAGUUAGGAGAGAGGCUCAUGCUGGCAGCUAGAAAACCAGAAGGACUUCAGAAAAAGACAGCCCUCCUUUUAGUCCUCUCGGCUUCUGCUCCAACAGAAGGCAUAUGACCAAGAGGGGAGUUUUUAGCCCAACCUUAGAUUACCCAGCUCCAGUCUUCCGCAUGUAAAGGAAAGGACCGGCCUCGUGUAGUGGAACACUAGUGAGAGCAAGAGAAGCCUUGCUCUGAAAGCCAAUAUCGUGACCUCUUCAUUUGAGGUGAAACGCUUGGAGAAGAGGGGCACUGUCUUGUAUUUAUUUGGAAACUCUUGCCACAGCUAUCAAUCUUGGCUAAUGUUAGCCAAUCGACUGGCACGUUUCGUCAAUGAGUGAUUGCCACUCCACAUUUAUUGCUUAUAUAGGCCUCUCCUAUUGAUAUAAUAUAUCUACUGUAUCUCUGUUACGUUAUGCAAUGCUUCUGAGGAGAGGGAUUGAUGCCAUAUUAAUGUAAUAAUAGUAUUCACAACUGGACAUGUUUUCUCAGCUGGUCUUCGUCUAGUCUGGGGAAAUGACAGACACUCACAAAUCAGACCCCAUACAACAAACUGCAAACUGCCUUUUACAUGUGUGAUAGUAUCAGGCCUGUGGUCUGAGAUGAAGCACACACAGGGUCAUAAUAGUAACGUAUGGAAUCCCAAUGCCACAGGCACACAGCAGCACACAGUUUACAGUAUUUAUUAUGAGACGCUACCGCUGUUCAUCUCCUCCCUGUACAUUUAUUUUUUUGUAUAAGAUUUAAAUGUAUAAAACUAUGUAUGAUUGUCGAAUUAAAGUUAAGUCCUCCUUUGCCAAGGCUUGUAGCGCUGUUGGUUGAGUUAUGGGGAGGCGUUUUUCUCCUAAAUA